GUAGUAAUGAAAAAACAAACAAGAAGUUUACCAAAAAAAAAAAAAAAAAAUACAAACAAGAACCCUUUUAUACAAACACAAAAAUGCAAUCGGCAAAACAGAAGCUAAGCGAUUUGGCUAGUACAGCCAAAAAGAAGAUGGUGAUAUGUCGAGCAAAAGUUGAAGAAAAGGCGGAUAAGGCAAGGGCACGGACUAAAGAGGAGAAAAAGAUAGCACACGAGCGUAGAAAGGCGAGGGAAGCAGAGGCUAAGCUGGAUAUGCACGUGGCUAAAGAAGCUCAUGCUGAAGAGAAGCUUAUGGCUAAGCAAUCUCAUUACCAUGUUUCUCAAAGUCAUGUGCCUCAUCACACACCUGUGACGACUCCCCAACCAGUCGUAGGACAUGGUUACGGCCAUAACCAUCCGGCGGCUUAUCCUCCGACGGCUUAUCCUACAGCUUAUCCUCAGGAGCAUCACCAUCAUCACCCCUAUGGAAACGUUUAGUGACUUUCUUUUAAAGUUGAAUAAGUAGGCGUUGAAGUCUUGAAGAUGAUGCUCUUUGUAAACGUUUAUUGAUAUAUAUAUUUUGAGAACGUCCGGGAUACCUACAAGAGGAUUGACGUCAAUCUUACUUUUUCUUUUGUUC